AUGUAUGUAGCUAUUUGCACUCAAUUGCUCAGAAAGAUAACUAACUCUUCAACAGGAUGUGCUGCUGCUAUGAUCUUGAGUUGUGCCGGUGCUGCUAUUGGUACCGCUAAGUCAGGUAUUGGUAUUGCUGGUAUCGGUACUUUCAAACCAGAAUUAAUUAUGAAGUCUUUAAUACCUGUUGUCAUGAGUGGUAUUUUAUCUGUUUAUGGAUUAGUCGUUUCAGUUUUAAUUGCUGGUGGCUUAUCACCUACUGAAGAGUACACUUUGUUCAACGGAUUCAUGCACUUGGCUUGUGGGUUAGCUGUUGGAUUUGCUUGUUUAGCAAGUGGUUAUGCUAUUGGUAUUGUUGGUGAUGAAGGUGUGCGAAAAUAUAUGCAUCAACCAAGAUUGUUUGUUGGUAUUGUCUUGAUUUUGAUUUUCGCUGAAGUUUUAGGAUUAUACGGUAUGAUUAUUGCUUUGAUCUUAAACACAAAAGGUUCUGGUUAA